UUGAGCGGAAACGCCGUCGGUGGAGGGUUUCCACUAGUUACCACAGCCUUAAUGUCGAAAUUGGCUAUAUUUUCAAAAUCCAGAACUAAAAUAUGCUUAAUUUAAGGUUAGGAUUAGGCAUACAUUUAGCAGUGGUUAAGGUUAGGUUUAAAAUCUGAUUUUAAGAAAAUAAAUUGUAGAAUAGGCGGGGUUUAUGACUUUGUGGCUGUGUGACGACCGUGAGGAGGCUACCAAAGAAAAUGCUAUUGUUGUCGUUUGUCAGCAAGACGAUAACUGGCAAAGAUACUUAGCUAUCCGAAAGGAAGUAUCAAUGAGUAUUUUAUAUAUUGACAACGCCACAUAUUACAUGUUAAAAUGAAAAAAGGAGGAAUGCUGACAAUGAUUCAACACACCUGUGUAAGGUAUAUUUGACCAAGAAGGAGAGUGAUGGAGUGCUGCAUCAGAUGACCUGGUCUCCACAAUCUCCCGACCUCAACCAAAUUGUGAUGGUUUGGGAUGAGUCGGACCGCAGAGUUAUAGGAAAAGCAGGCAACAGUCGUUGGGCCUAACUGCUCUCACCUGAGGGAGCUGAGUCUGCUCCCCCAUAAUCCCUUUGACCCCUGACUUUUGACCCCUGGACGGUGUAACCAUGACGACGGGGGAUUGUUGCCACCUCCCGGGCUCCCUGUGCGACUGCACUGGCAACGCUGGCCUGUCCAAAAGCGUGGAGGAGUCGGAUAACUGCAGAGCGCAGUAUGUCACCCAGGUCACAGCCAAAGAUGGGCGGCUGCUCUCCACCGUCAUCAAACCUUUGAGCACACAGAGCGAUGGGCCAAUUUGCCGGAUCUGCCACGAGGGGGCCAACGGCGAGGGGCUUCUGUCCCCCUGCAACUGCACAGGGACUCUGGGCACGGUGCACAAGAGCUGCCUGGAGAAGUGGCUCUCCUCCUCCAACACCAGCUACUGUGAGCUGUGCCACACAGAGUUCACCAUUGAGCGCAGGCCCAAGCCCCUCACAGAGGUAACAAAGUGGCUGCGGGACCCGGGCCCUCGUAACGAGAAGCGCACAUUGUUCUGUGACAUGGUGUGCUUCCUAUUAAUCACGCCCCUGGCAGCCAUCUCUGGCUGGCUGUGUCUGAGGGGAGCCCAAGAUCACCUGCACUUCAACAGCAGACUGGAGGCCUUAGGCCUCAUCGCCCUCACCAUCGCCCUUUUCACAAUCUACGUCCUCUGGACUCUGGUAUCAUUCCGCUACCACUGUCAGCUCUACUCUGAGUGGAGACGAACCCAUCAGAAAGUACGCCUCCUCCUUCCCGACGCAAAGGGGCGGCAUUCUAACCAGCAUUCCUUGCUCUCCACCAAGCUGCUGAAAAAAACAGCAGACGAGACUAUAGUAUGAGGUCAAAGGUGGGAAGAUUUGAAGUUGGUGUUCUUUGGGUGCUGGAGGUUCUCAAUGAAAAAGCACGUCUCCAUUCAGAGCCCAAGCUCUUUUUCUAAAAUCCGUUUUUCCUAUGUGUGUCAUCAUCGUCAGCACUUCUUUUUUAUUUUGUCGUCUGAGCCUCUGGUGGUGUUUUUUUUGUGAUCUGGUAAAGAAACCAGUAUUUUAAGAGACCAGUGAUUACCGUGCAGUAUGGUGUUUCUGAAGGUUUGGAAAAGGGCAGUUGAUUGGAUGGGUCUCCGCUGUGCGCUGCAAAGGGACAACAUAGGAUUCAUUGGACAGAUGCUCAGUGGAGAUGGCUGCUGAAGCUUUAAGACCAAACCCUCUAGGGGUUAAGUGGACAAUUGCCACUUUCUCCUCCCUAAUUUCCUUCACAGCCGUCUCUAAAAGUGUAGCAUGGAUCGUUGACGCUGAUCUACGGCGAUCCAUCCAGCGGUUGGUUCCCUAACCACUGAGUGUAGAAGUAAGAAGCUUAAAGCUUUCAUUCCUGUUUACCAGCCAAAGGCUAUUAGACUGGGGGGAUUAUAGAUGCUUAUGACAUUGCUACACAAGCCAGUUGACUCCCUUCAAUUCAGCUUCAUCUGUUUUCCUCCUUGGUGUGAGCAGGAAUUUUGUUCAUAAAGAUGGAGAUUGUGCAAUAAAACACUGGACACGGUUUCCUCUCACAGUACGUGAUGAGACUGCUACCAACAUGCACAAUUUUG